GUAGACUAGAACCAGCUGAAUGACGUUACGCUGUACCAUGCUUCGCAAUGUCCUAGGAAAAACCUUUCGAUUUCUUGGGUAUACUGUGCAAUAUGGCUGCAUAGCACAUUGUGCCUUUGAGUACCUUGGAGGAAUUGUUGUGUGUUCUGGACCUUCAAUGGAACCAACCAUUCAAAAUUCUGAUAUUGUCUUUUCGGAGAACCUUAGCCGCCACUUUUAUUGCAUUCGAAAAGGAGAUAUUGUAAUUGUGAAAAGCCCAAAUGACCCCAAAUCAAAUAUCUGUAAAAGAGUAAUUGGCUUGGAAGGGGAUAAAGUCUGCACAAGCAACCCUUCAGAUUUCCUUAAGAGUCACAGCUAU